AUGACAGAAACCAAAAUGCAAUUAGAAGAUUGGCUGGAUGACUUGUGUGUCCGCUUUAUCAUUAACCUCCCGCGCGAAGAGCUUGAAUCGGUUGAACGGAUAUGUUUCCAAGUCGAAGAAGCACAAUGGUUCUACGAAGACUUCAUUCGUCCACUUGACCCUGCACUACCGUCGAUGAACCUGAAGACAUUUGCUAUGCGCAUUUUCCAACACUGCCCGCUCAUGUCGUCAUGGUCCCAUUACCACCAUUUAGCUGCCUUCCAGGAAUUCCUUGACUACAAGACCCGCGUGCCGGUCCGUGGUGCGAUCAUGCUAAAUCAGGACAUGGAUGAAGUCGUUCUAGUCAAGGGCUGGAAGAAAGGAGCCAACUGGAGUUUCCCAAGAGGUAAAAUCAACAAGGGCGAGAAGGAUCUGGAUUGUGCCAUUCGUGAGGUCUACGAAGAGACUGGGUUUGAUGUCCGAGACGCCGACUUAGUAAAAGACGCAGACGAUGUCAAAUAUAUCGAGAUUACGAUGAGAGAGCAACAUAUGCGACUCUAUGUCUUCCGAGGCGUGCCCCGUGACACCUACUUUGAGCCGCGUACCCGAAAGGAAAUCAGCAAGAUCGAAUGGUACAAAUUAUCAGACCUACCGACAUUGAAAAAAAGCAAGCAACAUGAUGAAGGACUCGCUGUCGCGAAUGCGAAUAAGUUCUACAUGGUCGCUCCGUUCCUCAACCCACUGAAAAAAUGGAUCGCACAGCAGAAAAGGCUCAAUGGAAAGGUCCACCCUGGUACAAACCAAGUUGCACUCGCCGAAGGAUACGCUUCGAUGGAUGAAAAUGGGCACAUCAAUGGUAUCGCUAAAAUGGGUAUACCCAGCGAUCUUCCCGAGCUAGCUUCAGUGCAAGAUGCUUCAGAUCACCUCAAGCGCCUAUUGAAAAUUGGCGCGGCGCCGGUGCAAGCUCAAACUCCAGGCCUCGAGCCAGUUCAGACUUCUCCUGUUGACCCGUCUAAGGCAAAUGCGCUUCUCGCAUUAUUGCAGCGCGGGGGCCAAAAGACGUCCGUUCAGAAUCCUGCUAGCCAUCCUAUGAUGUCACCGCGCAAUGUAAUCGAGUCCAAUGUUCAAACUGUGGAACAACGACCUCACUUAGGGCCCAACUUCUUCCCGGGGUUCCCCCAACAGCAGCAGAACAUGGGUCCUUCUCCUUUCAUGCGGCAGAAUUCCACACCAUUCCAUGCCGUGCCAUCUCAGCCUCACAUUCAACCAUCGCAGAAUGCCCCGCACCUUGUUCAAGGCAAUAUAUUCCCUACCACGCCGCAUACUUGGUACCCGACACCUCACGCAAUCCCUCAAUUUCCUCAAGGCACUACAUCGUCUCAUUAUCAGCACCAUAAUCAACCUCCUUUGGCCCAUGGAGUUCUGCCCCCUAGCCAUAUGCCCGCACCGUUCCAGCGGACGGGAGAUCCUGAGUUCUCUGAAUCUGCUCAACUGUCUGAAAAUCGGGGUCCCGUGGUUCCGCCAGCGAGCAAAUUGCCUCCCCCGAAGCUGACAAGUCAUUCCUUGGCACUUUUGGAAGCUUUCAAAGUCAAAACUCCCAAGGGUCCAGCCCCAGCGACAUUGGCAGCUCCUGUGCAGGGUUCUUCGCAAUUGCGAAAGACAUCUCAGCAUCAGGAUAGUCUGUUGGGUUUACUCAAAGCACCUCAAGCUACCCGUGUCCCCGAGCCAGUGGAAUUAUCGGGCAACCCCAUCGUGCCCCCUACGGCCCCAUCAGAGAAGCAGAUUCUUCAGCGUCCUCUCAAUGAUCACAAUCAACUCACGCGCGGCGUAGCCGGUAUCACGAAGAGCCGUACAGGAGCAGGCCGGGCAUCGGCUACUGUGUCCGGGCCAUUGAACAUGCCCCAAUUGGAAGCAAUUCCCAAGCCAACUUACAAGUCAAUGAACGGGACGAAUAUCAAGAAUCAUGUGAGCAGACGGGAGCAACCGCUCGUCCAACAGCUGUCUUCUCCCAUCACUAUUCUUUCUCGGCCUCAGUCCGCGAAACGGGAGGCAAGCUCGCCAAAGCCAGUUGCACAAGCAACCCAGGUUACCCCUGAGACUAUGCCACGGGCACCUAAGCCUAUCAAGAAUUUCCAGCCGCAGAUUCUCCGUCGAUCGGAUCAAUCUGGAUACGAGGCUUUGAUGGCAGCAGCUCCUCGCGCGGAAGCUGUCGAGCCAAAGCCAAGUUUGCCAGUUCUUGAAGCCAACACACAGGGUUUGGCACCGCAGAGCAACUUUGACCGUCGACCCAGCCAGACGGCUGAGCAGAAAGCUUCGCUUCUGUCUUUGUUCAGCAAAGCACCGGCCUCUCCGUCGGGCAUCUUGUCAACCCCGUUCAAUUCCCAGACCAUUCAACAACAGCCAGCUGCAUUCCCGGGCCUUGUUAGCCCCAUUUCAUCCCGUCAUCGUCCUAGCAGCGGAGAUUCGAUCUCUCGUCAAGGUACACCGUCUGAUGGCGGCGCACAUGUCAAGACUCACUCAGUCUCCUCCCCGAACAAUAAGGCGUUCUUGCUUGGGUUCUUGGAGGGAGUGGCCAAAGCAAACAAGUAG